AUGUCUCGCGCAUCAAAAUUGACCCUGGCCGCCACGGGCCUGGGUACUGCGGGCAUUGUCUACUUUGUCCACUGGGCUCAAGAAAAUGACAGGGCGGCUAUGCACAGGGGCGUCGAGCGCGACAUGGAAAAGCAACGAAUCCGUCAAGAGCGACAGGCCGAGUUCGAAAUGCAGAAACGCCUUGAGCAGGAAUACCUCAAGCUUCAAACUGUUCACAGCACAACCGAUGGCACGGAUACAGCCGGUCAGAGUACGAGUACGGGGUCAUGA